AGACAUGGGGGACCUGCCGGGCCUCGUGCGCCUCUCCAUCGCGCUGCGCAUCCAGCCUAACGACGGCCCGGUCUUCUACAAGGUGGACGGGCAGCGCUUCGGCCAGAACCGCACCAUCAAACUGCUCACGGGCUCCUCCUACAAGGUGGAGGUGAAGAUUAAGCCCACCACGCUGCAGGUCGAGAACAUUUCCAUUGGUGGUGUGCUUGUCCCGCUGGAACUGAAGUCUAAAGAGCCUGAUGGGGACAGAAUCGUAUAUACAGGAACAUAUGACACAGAAGGUGUGGCCCCAACCAAGAGUGGAGAACGGCAGCCCAUCCAGAUCACCAUGCCGUUCACUGACAUUGGGACCUUCGAGACGGUGUGGCAGGUCAAGUUUUACAAUUACCACAAGCGAGAUCACUGCCAGUGGGGAAGCCCCUUCUCCGUCAUUGAGUACGAAUGCAAGCCCAAUGAGACCCGCAGUCUCAUGUGGGUGAACAAGGAGUCCUUCCUCUGAAGAUGGCGCUUUCUGAUGCUGUUGGACAAUGUCUUCAGAGAUCCACUUUUAGAUAACCCAGCACAAGCCUUCACCAAGGCACACCACUCCAUUGCUGUCUCCCAUUGGGUGCCAAUUAUCUACUAGCCCUGAUUAUUCUGAAAGUGUAAUUCCCCUCUGAUGCAAUGUCCCUGACAUAAAAGAUCAUGAUGUACCCUGCCCGAGAGACUCCCUUUCUGUAUUCUGUGUUGGUGUUCCUGCCUCCAGUUGUUCUUGGUCUUGCUGGUGACCACUUGGAGGAGCUCCAUGGAAUCCGCAGGCUGUGUCCCACACUUAACUUUUCCACUGAAUGCUGUUUUGUUUCCAAGUUGAGUGCUUCCCUCUUUUUUGUUAAAUGUUAAAUAAAAAAUAACAAUGUGCUUGGGUUCCAUGCCAAGUGUGCAAGGGUAACAUGUAACUUGGGAUGUUUUGCAGCUGUGUCAAAGUAGGCUUUGUGAAAAUGUGAUGCAAACAGCAGUCAAUGGGACUCAAGUGUUGUGCUUUCUAUAAACAGCUCGGCUAUUUCAGGGAAGAAUAAUGACGAAAGAAAAGGACAAAUAUUUAAGAAGAACGUAUUACAACUCAAAUAAUGUAAGGUAUUGUGCUGUGGCCUAGUGGAAGUGGGAAAGAGCCUUGUGUGGACCACUGUUAAACAAGGUGACCAAAGUGACAGGGUUAACUCUUUGGCAAGUGACUGUGGUGUCCAAACAGGCAUGCUGAUGGCCUCCCUACAUUCCCCUUCACUUGAACUUUGUAAAACUGUGUAUGGAACUAUAAUCAACUUUUGAUAUUUCUUAAUAAAGGCAUUGAAAAUCA